AUCAUAAACCAUAUGUGGCCAUAUAUUGCUGAAUAUGCAGAGGGAAUUCUCAGAGAGCAAGUGGAGCACGCGAUUCAAAUGAGUUCUCAGGAGUUGCGGUCAUUUAGAUUCAGCUCUAUAGAUCUUGGAGAUACAGUAUGUUUUAUUCAUUUCAAUAUGACAUCAAAUGUUGGCUCUAAAAGUAAUUUAAAUAAGUUAUUAAAGUUAUUAUUUAAGAUUCUUUUAUUGAACAAUUUACAGGUGUUAAGCUGAUAUUAUAUGUAGACUACUGCAAUGAUCUCAUGGUGGGUCUUCCAGCUACGUUCCUGGAUAAAAUUCAAACGGCACAGAAUAAUGCAGCUCACAUUGUGCUUUGCAAACACAAAUUUGACCAUGCUAAAACACUUCUGAGAGAGUUGCAUUGGCUGCCUGUCCGCGCCCGCACAGAGUACGAAAUUGCAACUCUGUGCUACCGCUGCUUGCAUGACCUGGCACAGUUCUAUCUCCUAGAGUGAUUUUCAAAUAAACUUUAUUAUUAUUAGUAUAUUUAAAAUUGUCCAUUCCAUAAACUUUUCAAUUUAAAAAGAACAUAAACCCCAUAAAUGCAUUUAUUUACAUUAAAAAAGAAAUGCUAUUUUAAAUAAAACCGAUUUAACAAUAAAAAAUAAUUUGAACACUGCAAUUAUCCAUUUUAGUGCAAUUAUUUAAAGAUAUAAUUAGUUCAUUGUACAUGUGAUGAGCCCCAACUUAAGCGUGUAAAGUAUUUUUUAUUAGAAAAGUUUAUUUCUAAUUGUUCCCUUAUCAUUUUAGCCUCCUCGCAUUGGUAGUGUUAAAGUCUACUCACAACAAAAAAAGGAUGAAAUCCAUAUGGACCUUGAACUCAAGUAUGUCUGA